GAAAAAAGGCAGCCUAACAGUACCCCAGAGGUUUUGUGUAUCACUUCCGGGGGUGAGAGGUGAAAAAAGCACAAAAAGAAUCAUCAAGAAGCGCUACAUGUGCUGCCGGGUUGUUGCGCUGCUCGUUGUAGGUGCUGGUCUGUUCAUCCUCUCGUCCAUUUGACGUCGGGCUCCCAUGUGGCAGCGCGUGUUGUCGGCCAGCCUCCUUAGCGGCAUGAAUGAGGGCUGAUCUACGCCAAGGGGUCUGAGUCAUGACCAGCUUGGGUCCUUCCCCGCCCUCCGUCAUCGACGCGGCCAUCUUUCUGCUCUCGUCGCCAGAGGAGCUGCCAGAGGGUGCCCUCGAGAGCGGCCUUGAGGCGCUGGGCGAUGCCAAGAGGCUGGGCCAGGGUGGAUACGAGGCCCUGAGGAAGAAUCUCCGCAACGGGCGACUCCUGGAGCGUGUGUUCGAUGCCUUCACCGAUAGCGGCAACACGGCCCGCCAGGACGCCGCGGCAAACAUGUGCGGCGUGCUGAUCCAUAGGGCAGAGGAGCCCCUCGGCCACCACAUCAUCCACGUGUGUGGGUCGCCUCAGCGGUUCAUCAGCAGGCUGGCCACACUGCUGACAGAGACCGGCAAUUCCACCGUUGCAGACGUCGCCUUCGCGCUGCUGAUGGGCGCCAUGGUCAAGGGCCGGGUUGAGGGCAAUGCGGCCGACUAUCGAGACCAUUGUAUGCAGCACCACCCCGCCGUCUUCGACAAGGCAGUGGCGGUUGUCAGUGCAGCAAGUCUGGCCUUCCUGCUGUCGGCCUUUUCGACGGAUAAUGAAUUCGGCCCGGCCUUCCCCGGCCCUUCUGCCGUGCCUCCCCUGGUGUGGGUGGGGGUGUUCCGGGCAGUCGUGCGCAUCCUGACGUGUGAGGACCAGGCAACUCGGGACAAGUUGUAAGCGACGAUAUAGAUGACACACAGCCAGACAGACAGACAGACAGACAGACAGCUGCACUUCCUUCCCUUUUUUCAUGUGUGGCUGCUUCAGUGCUGACUGUAUCGAGCACGCCACGGCAUUCGUCUGCCGCCACAUCUGCUGCGUGACCGGCACAGGUAGUAAAUAAAGUCAGACACACAGACAGACAGACAGACAGACAGACAUACAGACAGACAGACAAACUCACAGCACUCUUCCGCCACCUGACUCAUUGUCGUCCCUCGGUUGGCGCAGGGUCGGAUGGUGACCGUGCUGCGUACCUGGCUGCCACCCGUGAGGUCAUCUACCCCCUCGUCGACACAUUGGCAGCCACCCUGACAUCCUCCAACACAGACAAGGCGGUGCGCCACGGGGCCGCCGUCUGCCUCGAGUGCAUCUUCACCUUCUGCUGCGCUUUUUUCAAGAGUGCCACGGCGAUUGGUGGGCGGAAGGACAGACAGGCCCGCUCCGUGUGGGAGUGUGGCCUCAGUUGCUGAAUGCGUGUGUCCGUCCUUGUGUGCGCCUGUGCAGAUGCUCAGUACUUCAGUGAUGCCGACGGGCCCGCCCAGCGGUUGCUGAGAGUGCCCAAUGCGCUGCAGGCCUACGUGACGGCCGUCAAGAUCCCCACCACUACCCUUGCCUCUAGGAUUAGGGUUCCCACGCAGCCCCUGGCUGUCCCGCAGAUGCUGGCCGGUGAGCGAAUGACACGAGGGGUCCGUGGGAGGGAAGUGAGCGAACGAAUGCCUUCUUGUGGCUGUGCUGCGUGAAUGUCUGCAGUGUGUGGCCAUCGUGAUGCCGUGUAUUCAUCCGGAUGCAUAUCGAUGGCGUCGGAUAUCGCCAAGCGCCUCGACAAGAAGUCAGUGGCCGAGGUGGGCUCCUGUGCGGCGGCUCUUCAGAACAUCGUCGGACGCGACACAGACCUCACCGACGUGCGCGCCAAGGUCAGCACGGACGGAUGGAUGGAUGCGGCCAUGGCCAUUGUGUGUUGCUCAUUUGCAGAUCGCUGUGAGUGAUGGCCUUCCCGGAGCCCUGUGUGAAAUGGCUCUGGCCUGCAUCAAGAACGGUCAGCUCGACCAAAAGGAGGCGGAUUACUUCAUAGACUUCGCCGUCAGAACCCUGCGCGCACUUGUCAGGUACACACGCACACAGAUGCCUGUGGUGGGGGAUAAUGUGUGUGGAUGUCUUGUCGGUGCAGCUAUGGUGAUCGCGUGAGCAGCCGAGGGGGCAAGGUCCGCCCCAACAGCGUCACCCAGGCCGUCCUGCAGCACGACUCAGUCAAGACGGUGCGCGCAGCCGGCCAGCAGCCGAAAGGACGACGAAAGGCAAACCGUCAGCAUCAGGAGCAUCUAACAGUGCCCAAGGAGGUGGGAAAUGAUGCACACGUGACGGCUCACACAGGCAGCGUCCAGUGUACGUGUUGUGCGUCAGUUGUUGGAGUUCUUCGACGAGAUCGAGAGUGCGGCCAGCAAGCGGGCUGAGAAGCUCAUCGCAGAGCUGGACGUUGAGGGCACACCAAGUAGCAGUAGCACCACCGAGGGCGUCAAGAAGAAGUCCAAGGGCAAGAGGGGCGGCAAGGGAGCCUGCACCAAGGAGUCGGCAUCACCAUCCAGGUCACCGCAGAUAGGGAAAGAGCGCAUCCACAAAAAUGAAGGGAAUGUGUGUGUGUGUGUGUGUGCCGAUCGACAGCUGUGGUGCCAUUGGCACAUCCGAAGACCACACCGACCACCAGGAGGAGGACACCGAAGAUCAUCAUGCCCCCCUUCCAGGUCCCCCCAGCCCGUCGCCCUCCUCCCCUCCCCGACCCUCAUCCUCAUACUCAUCGUCCUCCGCAUCGGCUGCUGGCGGAACCUCUUUGUCCGUGGGCGGCGGCUGGGGGCAGCAGCAAGGGGCGGGUGGCGGUGGCGAUGAUGGCGGCGGCUUCAUCACCGUCGGCCGCAAAAAGCGGGGCGGCAAAGGCACUGGCGGCCACACACAGCAGCAGCAUACCAACACGGCUGACAAACGAGAUGACAAGUGAGACCCACCAAAGCACUCCACCACACUGAGCAGAGGAUCUCGGUGUGUCUGUGUGUUCAGCUCGAGAGUCUUCCCGUCAUCGUCUUCGUCCGAGUCGACGCGGCCCUCAUCAUCGCAGUCGUCAGUGUCUGGUGGCCCCCACAACGCGCCAGCCGUGCCCUUCCCUCUGCCGCCCCGCCCCGGCCGGCCGCCCCGCCUCCACAGCCUCCCAACCGACACACACCUACACCAGCACCAUCCAGUAGCCGUCUUGGCUCUGACGAGCAGGGCCUCGCCCCAUUGGCAGCCGGGGGCAGUAGCAGUAGCACUUUGGAGAGGGCGGUGGAGGUGGAGGGCCGCAGUGGUCACGACAGGUACGCACGUGUCGAUGGGCAGAGCAGCCGAGGAAGCAGACAACAGCCCCUGUGCCUGUGUGUGUGGUUGGCUGCAGGUGUGGUGGUGACGUGAGUGAGUUGGAUGCGCUGCGGAAGCAGCUCGAGGCCAUGCGGCUGGAGAAGGAGGCCAUAGAAAGGGAGAACAAGAGGUACGUGAGGCGACCCCACACACCUGCAGUGCAGUGGUUGCAUGCGCCUCUUUCGUGAGUGUCUGAUGGGUGGUUUGCUGCACACAGGCUGGAGGAGGAGCGCGAGAGCACCGAGUGUGACAUCUGCAUGGCCUCAAAGAAGUCCAUCGUACUCAUCCCCUGUGUAAGCCGACUCACAGGCACAACGACUCACCUGUCCCUCUCGGCCAUGCGCUGCCCACGUUUGCGUGUGUGUGUGUGUGUGUGCAGCGUCACUUUUGUCUGUGCAGUGGUUGUGCUGCGGCUUUGAUGUCUAAGCCAGUGGCCCAGCGGCUGUGCCCUCGGUGCCGACAGGCCAUCACGGCCACUCGACACGUCUAUCUGUGAGUGCGGGGCCAUGUUGUCAGCGACCCACUCGUCCGGUGCUACGACGCACGAGAGGAGGUGAUGGUGGCUGUUGGAUGAGUGACAUGCCGACAGACGAGC